CCCUCCAGUGGCAGACCAGAGAGGAUCAGCUGCAGCCAGCAGAGUCAGUCUGAUCCCCGCUGUCAGCUCGUCCAUCAGUCCCUGAAGACACUGCAGCGGUGAGACACAAGAUGAGGCUGCUGCCAGUUGUUGUCACAGUGUCGCUGACGCUGGCGGUCGCUUAUUACGUUUACAUCCCGCUGCCUGAUGCCAUCCAGGAGCCGUGGAAGCUCCUGAUGCUGGAUGCUGGAUUCAGAGCGACGAUGCACCUGGCGUCUUUGAAGGCUUGGCUGGGCAUUGACCAUUACAUCACGUCAAUCAGGCAGUCCACAGACGGUUUUGACAGCAUGAUGGACGGGCUGAUAAGCUCUGAGUCCGGCGGAGGGGUCAUGCCCGGAGUUAAAGUCAGCGACAUCACUUUCGCCGGCGUCCCGGUCCGUGUGUACGAGCCCCCAGCUGGAGGGGAGGGUCAUCUGAGGAGAGGGUUGAUGUAUCUCCACGGGGGAGGCUGGGCCCUCGGCAGUGCCAAGAAGGGCUCGUAUGAUACAAUCAACCGGAUGUUAUCCGACGAGCUCAACACCGUUGUGGUGUCUGUUGAGUAUCGUCUGUAUCCAGAAGUGCACUUUCCAGUGCCGUAUUUAGACUGCCUCGCUGCUGCCAAGCACUUCCUGUCCCCAGAGGUCCAGGCCAGGUAUUCAAUCGACCCUGAGCGUGUGGCCGUGGCAGGUGACAGUGCUGGGGGAAACCUGGCUGCUGCUGUCGCUCAAGAGAUUGCUACGGAUGACACUAUGAGUGUGAAAUUCAGCGUUCAGGCGUUGAUCUACCCAGUGCUGCAGGCUCUGGACUUCAACACGCCCUCCUACCUGCAGAACCAAAAUAUACCCAUCCUCCACCGGCCCCUCAUGGUCCGCUUCUGGCUGCAGUACCUCGGUGCCGACCUGUCCCUCCUGUCCCAGUUGCUGGCCAACAACCACAGCUCCUUACAGCACUCGAACAUCACCCCGGAGCUGAGGGCGCGGCUAGACUGGACCGUCCUCCUGCCCCCGAAACACAAGCAGAACUACAGGCCUCUGAUUGUGGAGAAGGGGUCACAGGAGACGGUGAAGGAGGUGCCGGGCCUGCUGGAUGUGAGGGCGUCACCGCUGUUAGCAGGACCAGAGGUUUUGGCUAAAUGCCCACGAGCGUACAUCCUGACAUGCGAGUAUGACGUGUUGAGGGACGACGGCCUGAUGUACGCACGGCGCUUACAGGACGCAGGCGUCUCAGUCACCAGCGACCACUACGAGGACGGCUUCCAUGGAUGCUUCAGCUUUAUAACCUGGCCAACGCAAUUUGAUGUAGGGAAGAGAGCACUCAGGGGUUACCUCAACUGGCUGCAGAACAACUUGUAAAGAGUGUGUAUGUGUGUGUGCAAGUGAGUGAAAGGCUUUUUAUGUGUGUGCAUGCAUGCAUGUGUGUGUUUCAUUGGUACUGCUUAAUGUACUUGCUAAGGGCUAAUACACCUGCUCUUUGUUUAAAAAUACAAACUCAGGACCCUCAUGUUCUUGCACACACACACACACACACACACACACACACACACACACACACACACACACACACACACACACACACACACACACACACACACACACUUGUUACAUAUGAAGGUCUGUCAGCAGUUUAACAUCUGCCUGCAGUGGAGAAGGGCCGAUUUGUUAACAUUAACAUGGCUAGCACUGUGACCAGCUAACAAAAAUACCUGAAAGAUGCAUUGCUAAUAAAGAAGCUAACAAACACAAGUGGAAACAACCAGUGGAAGCAGCUACACUGAUUUAUCCCCACCACAAACACAUGAGCAAUAUAUGUCACGUUUAAGUGGUUUUAUACUGAACUUUUAGAAUAAAACAAACAAAUGUUCCUGUCAGCAGUGGUUUAAAAUGUCUGAAGCACUUAAGAAAAAAAAUGAAAGAAAAAAAAAAUAUUUUGUCUUUAUCAUUACAGAAUUUGAAUUUGCCCACAUUUUUUUCUUUCACAAAUACCUGCAAAACUAAUGACAUUCCCAUCAGCCUCAGCAGUACUUUUUGCUGAUUAUCAAAUGUUAGCAUGCUAACAUGCUACACUAAGAUAGUGAACAUGGUAAACAGUAUCUGCUUAGCAUCAGCAUCACCAGUAUUGUCAUUGUGGGCAUGUUAGCAUGCUGACAUUAGCAUGUAGCUCAGUAGCUUUACAGAGCUGCUUGCAUGGCUUUGGACUCCUGUUGUAGUGAGAAAGAACAAAGCUCACAUUAAACAGAAGACAGAUAAGAUCUGUAAAUUAUAUAUUUUUAAAGGGGGGAUCCGUGACCUUUCUUGUGGGCUUUUUGUGUGUUCAACCAGCUGUAGUAUACACCAAUCUUGUGCUUCCUGCACUACAAAAAUGUGAUGUCUUCCCUGACAGAAGAUGCUUGACAAUCACUAACAAAAUAUUUUUUUACUUAAGUUUAAUGCCAUUUAUUAGUUACAUUGUGUUCUACUUACAGAACAUUUUAUGUAUCUGCACAUGCCCUUAUUCAACUACGAAUUAAAUGUUUUGUGAUUUAAAUGCCUGAAUAGGGACAGUUAUGAAACAGGAAUGAAUCACUGAAGUUGCAAGUUCACUCGACAGUAUAGUCCCACAAUUAGUAUUAUAUUAAUUGUCCUAAUAUAUUGUGUAACACUGGCUAUAGAGUUAUGAACCACUCCUAAAACAUUUUUUAAAGUACCAUGCAGGACAUCUAAGGUGCAACAUUUGCUUAUCAAUGCAUCAAUUUAAACUGCAGGGCUUCAAAUAACUUAAUUUUACUUCUAUAUUUAAUUUUAACAUCUAUUAAACAUCACAUACUUCCUGUGUCUCUGCUCUGCCUACUGUUGUGAUUUUUGAACAAACUGAUGAAUAAAAUAAAUGUGAUGUCAUACUUAUAAGCACAAAUUGUUCUGUUCUUUUGCUCCUUUACAGGUAAACUGUUGUGCAUCAUCAACCUGUGAUAAUCAAUAUAAUAAAUGCUAUUUUGUUACUCAGUGUUUUUCAAGAAUGCCUUUUAACGGCCACCGUAAUAAA